UUUAAAUUAUCCUGGAAAUGUCAGGUUCCGUCACGUCAAAAGUAAACUUUCAAUAGUAUGCCGCUGUGUAAAUCCAUUAAGUGUUGAGUCUUUCAAAAAAUAUCUGAGACAGAUAAUAAAAGAGAUAAAAAUGAGGAAACUGAUGGAAUUGAUAUUUAUGAUACAAUUACUUGCUUAUGGCUGUUACUCUAUGCCAUCUAGUCAAUUGUCUGUGCAAACAAUAAGCCACAGUAGUUCAUCGACAAUAAAAAAUAAUAAUAAUAUUAAGGGAAAAAAAAGCCCGCAAAUAAAUAUUUGUAAUCUCGAACAAACAGCAGAACCGAUUAUUUGUAAUUGCGAUGUCAGCAAAAUUGGUAAUGCCACUGAGGCUAAUUGUGUCGUAUUGGAUGCAACAAAACCUGAUGACGCAAUAUGGGAUUAUUUUAUGUCACAAGUAUCACUUGAAAAGUUGUCAAUGAAAGUUAGAAUUGGCGGUCUCAUGUCUUAUGUACCGAGCAAAAUAAUUAAAUCGUUGACAAAAUUGAAAAUGAUAAAUGUUAGAUAUGCUAAUUUUGACGAAAUAAGUGAGGGUGCAUUUGCCAACCAACCAAGCGUUACUGUUGUUGACAUUGCUGAGUGCGGUAUCAUGCAAUUGAAAAAACAUUCAUUUGUAAACAUGACUCAGCUAGAUUUUAUCAAUCUCGACGACAAUCAAAUCGUCGAGAUCAAUAGGGAGGUCUUUGUCAAUCUUCCGGUGUUAAAGAAGCUCUUUAUGAACCAUAACAAUGUUACAACUCUUCACGAUCGGGCAUUCAAGCAUUUAACAUCACUUCAGGAACUUGGACUAAGUGACAAUAAUUUACAAGUGAUAACAACUGAACACUUUAUGGGAUUAAAAUCACUCGUACGUUUGAUACUAAGUUCAAAUAAAAUAUCAGCCCUCGGUGAACGGACAUUCAUUGAAAUGCCAGAAUUACAAGAACUUGAUCUUGAUAAUAAUUUAAUUUCUUACAUAAAUGUCAAUGCAUUUGAAAAAAUGCGCAAUUUACGUAAAUUAGUUUUGAGCAACAACAAAAUCUCACAUUUAGCAUCUGAUAUUUUUACUGGCGCCCAAUCUAUUAAUUAUCUUGAUCUGCAAAACAACUCACUUGUAAGAGUUACAUUUGACACUGUCAAACCAAUUGUUACAAACUUGUACGGUGAUUCAGGUUACUUAUCUCUCGAUGAUAAUAAAUUGGUUUGUGACUGUAAUUUGGCAUGGAUACAAGGCUUGAGGAAUGAAACAAUCAAUCAAAAACUUAAAGACUCGCUCGACUUGUUGACGUGUUUCCUUGAAGUACAGAAUGAUACCUAUCACGCAAGCCAGGCUAUUGAAAAUAAUAAAGCUCGUGUAGCGUCAGGAAAAUUCAAGACUGGGGAAAUUCUCGACGUCAAUAAGUCGAGGGGAAAGCAUAAUAUACAUGAUGCCAACAGCAACUACAUGAAUGAUAAUGAUAAUGAUUAUGAUCGCGACUAUUCCGAUUCUACAUCUAAAUUUUACAAUGGAAAGCUCCAGUUAGUAGACGGAAGAAUGGGCUACAUAAAGCAUCUAUUUGAGGUGAAAGUAGAAAAACCCUGUCCUGAACAAUCGAGGGAUGAUCCAAUGGCAUCCGAGGAGCCCUCAAAUCGACGGGAAAAUGCAGCUGUCGCAACCUCCAAGGCUUCUACAACUUAUGUACAACACAUAGCCACGAUAGGUCAAUGCCUUUACUAUCUAACAUCGUUGUUACUCGUCAUCGUAGUCGUCUAAAAUGUGCUGUUUCAUCAUCCUCAAAGGAUCAUCAAUCCUCUAUCAAUCUUCGCGCACAUAUAAUACCAAAAAUAUUAUAUAUAAAAAGAAAAAAAAAACUAUGAUAAAAGAACUACAAGUAAACACAUUAACGAAAUUGUAAGAGCAAUUUUUUUUACUUCGUUUUUUUUUUUGCUCAAUUGAAAAAAAAUUGAUACAUACUAUAAGUAAGAAUGUUAUUAAGUAUGUAUUUAAAUUGACAUUGUAUAUGUUUAGUUGUACUCGUAUAUUUAUAGUUAUAUUUUUCACUUGGCUUGUGCCAUAUUUUUAUUUAAUAAUAUCAUUGAUUAAUUGAACUUUAUAAUAAUUAUAA